AUGUCGCAAGGAGCAAAAAGUUUUAGCCAGACAAAGCAAGAAGGCCAGCUUUGCAUUUUCUCUGACGCACACAAUCCCCCUACGCUCUCCCAUCCUUGUUCGUCUCUCCACAGAUACAAUCCUCUUACCAAGUCACUCACUCAUACUCUGUCUCUCUCCGCUUCACCUUCUCCUCGCUUUCACUCCCUCCAAUCCUCACCUCCCAAGCUGCUUGCUGUAGAGCGCCGAUCCAACAGUGUUCAAGUUAAGGCCGCCGCUGAUUCCAUCACCGAGAGCAGCGACGAUGAAGCCUUGGUGUCAAAAUUCAAGGACACUCUGGUACUUGCUUUAGUCUUUGGCCUUUGGAUCCUUUUCAACAUUUAACAAACAGGUACUAAUAAACAGCUACUCAAAGUUUUCCCAUAUCCAGCGACUGUAACUGCAGCUCAAUUUGCUGCGGGCACAGUCUUUGUUAUUCUCAUGUGGACAUCCAAUCUUUACAAGUGUCCUAAAAUUACAGGCGCACAGCUUAUUGCAAUUCUUCCACUGGCUGUGGUGCACGCAUUAGGCAACCUUUCCACCAAUAUGAGCCUAGGGAAAGUGUCUGUCUCGUUUACUCAUACCAUCAAAGCCAUGGAGCCUUUUUUCUCGGUUGUCUUAUCAGCCAUGUUUCUUGGGGAGGUGCCGAAUAUAUGGAUAAUUUCUUCGCUUAUACCAAUUGUAGGGGGAGUAGGACUGGCAUCAAUGACUGAGGUCUCUUUCAACUGGGCAGGAUUCUGGAGUGCAAUGGCUUCUAAUUUGACUAAUCAGUCUCGAAAUGUCCUUAGCAAGAAGUUAAUGGUUAAGAAAGAGGAAUCAAUGGACAAUAUUACUUUGUUUUCGGUGAUAACAAUCAUGUCCUUUUUUCUGUCCGCCCCAGUUUCCAUUUUGAUGGAAUGAGUUAAAUUCACCCCUUCAUUCCUGCAGUCUGCUGGAUUAAAUGUCAACCAAGUUUAUACUUGGUCGUUUAUUGCUGCAGUCUGCUACCAUGCAUACCAACAGGUUUCAUAUAUGAUAUUGCAGAGAGUAUCUCCAGUCACCCACUCUGUAGGAAACUGUGUGAAACGUGUUGUGAUGAUUGUCACCUCUGUUCUUUUCUUCCGUACACCUGUUUCACCUAUCAACUCCCAUCUUAUUACAUUUUUUAUGUGGGAAAGACAUUUUAAUUGGAAAUCGCAAGCAGCUGUUUGGAUCUCAGAUUCGACGGCUUCUCUAGAACAUUUUUGUUGUGAAAAUUUAGAUUUUACAUGACAUUGUCCUUCCUGAAAAUUAUACGGAGUAAAAAAGUUAAACAUUUUAAUUCAAGUCUAGUGUUGCAGGAUAAUGCAGAUUUGAAUGUCAGUUGGUCAUCACGUCUUCAUGAUAGUGUGGUGGAAUGUAGUGUUAUUACAGUGGAGUUGUUGCA